AUGAGCUCACCACCAAAGCCUUGGGAGCAGGGAGGGGCUGCACUGGCUACCUCGGCAGACAGCACAGCAGUGGGGCCGGCAGAAGGAGCAGCGCCGGCGCUCCCUGCAACAUCAGCGACAGAUGCGGGUGUGAUGGGUGGCGGUACGGCGAAUCCACAGCCAGCCAUGGCCAGCGGCUAUAACAGCAUGGGUAUGGGCAGCUACGGCGGGAUGGGCAGCUACGGCGGCUACGGCGGAAUGGGUAGCUAUGGCAUGGGCGGCUAUGGUGGCUACGGCGGCAUGGGCGGCUAUGGGAUGGGCGGUUACGGAAUGGGCGGUUACGGCAUGGGCGGCUAUGGCAUGGGUGGGUAUGGCAUGAACGGGUACGGCAUGAACCAGAUGGGCCAGCAGGGGCCAAUGUCGCUGACGCAAAAGCUGGAUGCCUCGACACGCAGCACAUUCCAGCUGGUGGAGUCUCUCGUGGGCGCGUUUGGCGGGUUUGCGCGGAUGCUUGAGUCGACAUACUUUGCUACGCACUCGUCCUUCAUGGCGGUCCUGGGCGUGAUGGACCAGUUCGGCAUGCUGCGCAACUCGCUGACGCGUGCGGUUGGCUCGACAUUUGCGUACGACGGGUUCCGCAAGCUGAUCUCCAAGGCCACAGGCAGGCCGAUGAGCGUCAACAAGAGCGAUCUGGAUGCGGGCAAUUUCGCCGAGUACGAGAAGCGCUCGCGCAUCAGCAAGCGCAAGCUGCUCAUGUUCUUCGCUGUCAUUAUUGGGCUGCCCUACCUGAUGACAAAGGCGAUUCGGUCGAUUGCUGCGCGGCAGCGGCGGCUGACUGCAGAGCAAGUGAAUGUCGGUGCCCAGCCGGGGAUGGCGCCGAAUAUGCGGGCGGUAGGCAUGGAGUUUGCGCAGGCGCAGUACGACUUUAAUGGCGAGUCCAAGGCGGAGCUGAGCUUCAAGCGCGGGGACGUGGUUGCGGUGCAGAGCAAGGUGGAUAUCUGGGGCAAGCCCAGCGAGUGGUGGCGCGGGUCGACGCAGGACGGGCGCGAGGGACUGUUCCCAGCCAACUACGUCGGCGUGAUCAAGCCUGGGCAGAACCCGCAGGCAAUUGUGGCGAGCUCUGCGGCGGUCGCGCAGCAGGCUAUCAGCCCAGCCGAGUUCCAAAAGGUCGAAGCGACCCUGUAA